CUAUGGAGCGCCCGGGGCCCAGUGAAGUGACAGGCUCGGACGCAUCGGGACCGGACCCGCAGCUGGCGGUCACCAUGGGCUUCACGGGGUUCGGAAAAAAAGCUCGCACAUUUGAUUUGGAAGCAAUGUUUGAACAAACCCGAAGAACAGCUGUGGAAAGAAGUCGGAAAACACUGGAAGCAAGAGAAAAAGAGGAAGAGAUGAACAGAGAGAAAGAAUUAAGAAGGCAAAAUGAAGAUAUUGAACCAACAUCUUCAGGCUCAAAUGUGGUCAGAGAUUGCUCUAAAUCGUCUUCCAGGUGCCUACCUAGCUCGGAUUCGGCCGACGACGAGUUCGUGGGCCCCCCUUUGCCCCCCGAGAUGACGGAAGGACCGGUUACCCGCGUGCAGGAAGCCGUGGGCCGCCUGCGCCCGCCCCUGGACGAGGAGGACUCGGACUCGGAAGAGGACAGCGACGACGGGGACACCGACGACGACGAGGAGCGGAAUCCUGUCCAAAAGAUUCCUGACUCUCAUGAGAUAACGCUAAAGCACGGCACUAAAACAGUUUCUGCUUUGGGUCUGGAUCCCUCCGGUGCCCGCUUGGUGACUGGAGGAUAUGACUAUGAUGUUAAGUUUUGGGAUUUUGCUGGAAUGGAUGCUUCUUUUAAGGCAUUUCGAUCCCUUCAACCCUGUGAAUGCCAUCAGAUCAAGUCAUUACAGUAUAGUAACACAGGAGACAUGAUUCUUGUAGUAUCUGGAAGCUCUCAAGCCAAAGUGAUUGACAGAGAUGGUUUUGAAGUAAUGGAAUGUAUAAAAGGAGACCAGUAUAUUGUGGACAUGGCCAACACCAAGGGUCACACAGCAAUGCUUCAUACUGGCUCAUGGCAUCCCAAGAUAAAGGGAGAAUUUAUGACUUGCUCAAAUGAUGCGACUGUGAGGACGUGGGAAGUUGAAAAUCCAAAGAAGCAAAGAAGUGUGUUUAAACCACGGACGAUGCAGGGUAAAAAAGUCAUCCCUACCACGUGCACAUACAGUAGAGAUGGAAACCUCAUAGCAGCUGCCUGCCAGAAUGGAAGCAUACAGAUCUGGGACCGGAAUUUGACUGUUCAUCCUAAAUUCCACUAUAAACAGGCUCAUGACCCGGGCACAGACACUUCGUGCGUGGCUUUUUCCUACGAUGGUAAUGUUCUUGCCUCUCGUGGAGGUGAUGAUACAUUAAAAUUAUGGGACAUCCGACAGUUUAAUAAGCCACUUUUCUCAGCCUCGGGUCUUCCCACCAUGUUCCCAAUGACUGACUGCUGUUUCAGUCCAGAUGAUAAACUCAUAGUAACCGGUACAUCUGUUCAAAGGGGAUGUGGCAGCGGCAAACUUGUUUUCUUUGAGCGCAGGACUUUCCAAAGGGUAUACGAAAUAGACAUCACGGAUGCAAGCGUGGUCCGCUGUCUGUGGCAUCCAAAGCUGAACCAGAUCAUGGUGGGAACUGGAAAUGGGCUGGCGAAAGUCUAUUACGACCCCAACAAGAGUCAGAGGGGAGCAAAGUUAUGUGUGGUUAAAACCCAGCGGAAGGCAAAACAAGCUGAAACUCUGACCCAGGACUACAUCAUCACCCCUCACGCCUUGCCCAUGUUCCGUGAGCCCCGCCAGCGGAGCACCAGGAAGCAGCUGGAGAAGGACCGGCUGGACCCCCUGAAGUCCCACAAGCCUGAACCUCCUGUGGCAGGCCCAGGUCGUGGUGGCCGGGUGGGCACCCACGGGGGCACCCUGUCAUCAUAUAUCGUGAAGAACAUCGCUUUGGAUAAGACCGAUGACAGCAACCCCCGGGAGGCCAUCUUGCGCCACGCCAAGGCUGCCGAGGACAACCCAUAUUGGGUCUCUCCGGCGUAUUCCAAGACUCAGCCCAAAACCAUGUUUGCACAAGUUGAAUCUGAUGAUGAGGAAGCAAAGAAUGAGCCAGAAUGGAAAAAACGUAAAAUCUGAAGAAGCUCAGAUGACAGCUGCUUGCGUGAGGGGGAGGGAUAUUGGACGGGCUUUUUUUUAAUGAAAUGAAAAAUACAUUUUUAUGAACAGAU